CUGGAGCAGAUGAUCAUGUGUGGCUCUGAUAGGAGGAGUUUAACGGCUCGUAUAAGAGUGUGUAUCCGACUCUCAGAUCCCACAGGAUGCACAGCCCAUCUCACUGAUCUUCAGAUGGAGCUCAUAGUGUUUGGGAUUUUACUCUCCGUCACCUUCAGCACCGUUCAAGGCAUCACACCCAAAUGUUGCGUUGAAAUGACUAAGAUGUUUCCGCUUGAGAUCCUGCGGAAAGUGACUAAAUAUGAGGUGCAGACGAACCACGGCGUCUGCACCAUCAACGCGCUCGUACUCCACGUCAAAGACAAGCGAUACUGCGCGACGCCCAGACUCGAGCGAAUCCUGCAGAACUUACUGAAGCUGAAGUCACGGCACAGCAUGAAAAACACCUCUGCUGUUUGAACACAUGAGAUCCGGACAAACAUCUGUCACUCCACUCUUUCAGAAAACAUUUACUCAUUGCAUGUUUUUCUACAUCUUCAAAUGAAUUCAUUGAUCUUGCAUAUAGCUUCUGCAUUUUGUACACAUUUUGUUUAAAGCUUUUUUUUUUUUGAUAACUGCUUUCUUACAAAAAAAAGUUUUUUCAGAUUAAUUUUUUUUAUACGUUUUAUUGGUUUAUGUAUUAUGUUUGUAGUGCUUUAUAGAAAGGCACAAAUCAAAAUUAUUGCUUCAAGGUGAAAAGU